AUGCCAACCGUCUUGCUGCCGUCAUCGGCUGCCGCGUUUGCGCCGCGGUCCUCCCCCAACGUGGUAUUGAAUACCAGGGUUGAACCCUGGCUAACGGCAACCUUGAAGCGAGUCAACCGGGUGAAGCGACCUCUGAACAAUGUGACGCAGCACACCCGAUGCUUAACGGAGACUCUUUCCUCGCCGAACGCCAUCUGGACGUUGUGUUCCAUGAUGUUCCCGAAGGCCCCCGAUUCGGAACUCAGAAAGGACGAAAACCCUCUGGUGGAGGCGCUAUUCAACUAUGAGAUGGUCCACAUGGAAGCAUACGUGGUGCAUGUCGACAUGGUGUCGCAAAACGAGGUGGCCUUCAAGCUGACACCGGAGACAAUCGAAGCGUUGGUCGAUUUUCACAAGGACAUCUACUCCGUCGACAUGGCGGCCAGCACCUGGGAUUGGUCCGAGAAGGAUAGUCAGCUAAAGAAGCUCCAAGAGGAAUUUGUCCAGGCCGCGAACAAGUUUGUCUACCGGACCAGCGCCCAGGCGCUGGAGGGGCUCGAGGAGGACGGUGCUGGAGAGCUGCUCGGCGGACGAAGUGACGAGGCUAAGGCGGCCAUCACCAACCUUUUCGUUUCGUUGCUUCCGCCACCGCCUCGCGUGGUCGACGUUGUUCGUCCAGCGCCUCUUCUCCCCAGCUCGACUACACCGGAAACGUGGUGGCAGGACCCCAUGCAACAACCCGUGUCGGUGGACUCGUGGAAAGUACUUCCAUCCAGCCCAGCAACCGCCAGCACCGAUGAUUCUAAUCCGAAUGUGUGGGCCAGCCUGAACAGCAUCAAUGAUACUCAAUAUGCAUCCCCAACCCCGUCCUACAGCCAACCCUACGACACGUCACCGUACAACACGACGCAGUACUACAGUGCGGCCGCCACGUCGGCCGCCAUCGCCUCCCUGCCACUUCCUAGCAUGCUGAUUCUGCCUUGCAGCACGGCAGCGAACAUGAUAGGGUUUGGCUGGGGGGAUCGAUACGAUUUCGCGCUGCCCUACGGAACCACGAUGUAA